AAAAUGUCUGAAAUGAAUGAAAGAAUGAAGAGAAAGAUGACUGCUGCCAUGGCCUUGGAGAUGCUUCAGAACUUGGACAGCGAUGACUCUGAUGCAGGGGAUCUAUCGGAGGUGGAAAGUGACACCGACCUUUCCUUUGUGCAAGAAAAUACUUCAUCCUCAUCAGAGAGUGAUUCAGAGUCCAUACCGAGGAAAAAGAGACGGCUACUUUCAUCGGAGACUAGGGAUCCAGGUGUUCCGUUCACGGCUGACGUUCCAGGCCUUCCCGAACCAGUACCUGCUCUUGAGCCAACUGGAGUGCUCAGCCUGCCCUUGGAGUCAUCUCGGCCGGAGGCCGCUGUGGAAAAGGGGAAGGAUGGGACGGUGUGGACGGUCCUUCAGUCAACUGAACGUCCACGGAGAAGGCAGAGCCAAAAUGUCCUGUCCAUAAAACGCUUCAGGGAGAUAAUGAAAAUCCUGCGGUUCGACAAGAAAGAGACCCGACGUGUACGUCUGCAGGAUGACAAGUUUGCCCUGGUAUCGGCCACUUGGAAUAAGUUUGUUCAGAACAGCAUAGCCUGCUACAAGCAUGGUGCCAACAUAACCAUUGAUGAGCAGAUGUUCCCCACCAAGGCCCAGUGCAGAUUUAUCCAGUACAUGGGAAAUAAGCCUGGUAAAUUUGGAAUAAAAUUUUGGCUGGCUGCGGAUGUCCAAGACCAGCCUGGUUGGCACCCUGGGGAAAACGAAGCGUGAGUUGCCCCCCUCUGCAAAAGAGCAAGCAGAGCUGUUCAGCACAAAGGUGCUAAAAUGUGCAGAUGCGACGCUCACCAUCUAUGAGCUCCGUGCACACAAGCGUGGGCAUUACUGAUGGACCGAAGGCAAAGCCGGAGUCGGUAACAUACUAUAAUAACACCAAAUAUGGCGUGGACGUCCUGGAUCAGAUGGCAAAGGCGUACUCUGUGAAAGGCGGUACGCGUAGAUGGCCAGUGGCUGUCUCCUGUAACAUCCUCGACCUGGCUGGAAUCAAUGCCCACAUCCUCUUCAAGAAGUGCACCAGCAGCAAGAUUGGAGGAAAUUCAUGCAGCAACUGGCAGAGGAGCUGAGAGCGGAGUUCAUGGAGGGAAAGGGGGCAGCAUGGCAGUUGGCACAAGGUCCCUGUCAGCAGCAGAUCCAACCACAGCAGACACCAAAACGGAGGCAGUGCCAGGUUCGGAGAAGCUGCAAACAAAAUAAAACGCCCGACACCUGCUGUAAAUGCC